AUGUUGGUGUCCCAACUACUUAGCACCUCGGUGCUACUUUGCACAGUCUCUACUGUUCUUGCAUACCCUGGCAUGGAGAUGAAACUCGCCAAAAUUCUGUCACGCCAAGAUGACGCUGCUGGUGAAGGUAUCGACGAGGGAGACUCCGAUGAACUUCUCGGAGACCUUAUCACACUCCAGGACGGCCAACUUACCCGUGUGGGUCUGGACAUCAAACAGCUCUUGACGGGCGGAAGUACCCCUGAGAGCGACGACCAAUACAUCAAUGUCCCGGCUCUCAAGAGCGCCCAGUGCAAACAGGAUACAUGUUGUGUCUGGAAGUACAUCGCCGAUGACAUGGCCAAGCUGUUCCGCGGCCCUUCUGGCAGAUGUACGAAAUGGGCCCGCAAGGCCGUCCGCCUCGGUUUCCACGAUGCUGCCGGCUGGUCGAAAGGCACUGCAAGCCAAGGCGGUGGUGCCGAUGGGUCACUCGUUCUGAACCCCCGCGAGUUAACCCUCGCGGAGAACAACGGCCUGCAAGAUAUCGGUCAGAAGAUGAAAGAGUGGUACGCAAAAUGGCACGACAAGCAAGGAUUCCAAGAUAUUACCAUGGCCGAUUUGAUCCAGAUGGGUGCCAAUGUGGCAACUGUCGUGUGCCCCUUGGGCCCCCGUAUCAAGUCCUACGUCGGUCGUAAGGACAGCAGUGUCGAGAACCCUCUCCUCCUUCCACACCCUUCCGACCCCGCCGAUAUGCUCAUUGAACUCUUCGAGAACAAGACCAUCAGACCCCACGGUCUCGUUGCUCUGGUUGGGUCUCACACCACUAGCCAACAGUUCUUCGUCGACACCAAGCGUGCAGGUGAUCCCCAGGAUAGCACCCCCGGUGUAUGGGACGUGCUGUUCUACGGUCAGACACAAGGGACUGCUCCAACACCCAAGCGCGUGUUCAAAUUCGACAGUGAUGUUGCCCUCUCGAAGCACGAGAAGACCCAGCAAGAAUGGCAGGAAUUCGCGGGACCUGGUGGCCAGAAACAUUGGAACGAGGAUUAUGCCAGAGAGUACAUUCGCCUGAGCUUACUCGGUGUAAACAACAUCAACACCUUGACAGAAUGCACCAAGGUCCUGCCCCCUGCCAUCAGGACAUACAAGGCCCCCGACCAAAACAACCUCAACACUUGGCUCAACAGCAACAGCCAGUCGGCCUUGGCGAAGUCCCUGUCUGACGCGAUCAAUGAAGGAGAAAGCAUCCUGAACACAAUCAUUACGUCACUCCUGGGCCGUUUGAAGAGUCUAUAG